UCAACGAAGACGGUUGUGUCGCGGAAAAAAUUGAAUCUUCGUGAAUUUCCAAGGAGAAAAUAAGUUGUCGCGUCUGUUGUGAGCUGUAGACGUGCAACAAAACUUAUAGUUUUCAGGCGGCGGAAAUAUCCGAAGAAACCACAAAAUCUACUCCCAAAGACUAAAUUAGUUAUUCUACAAUUAAAGUGUUGGCAAAACUGUCGUGUAACCAAGAUCAACAUCGACCCAAGAAAAUUACUGCAGCCCACUGGGCCACCUCACUAGGUUUCUUCGGUCGGAGAGGAGAUCGUGCCCAGGGUGAAAAGUGCGAGGAGGAAGUCCGGAAUCAGAAUCCCCGACGCCAUAUUUGUCUUGCAACCUGAUCGAAAGCCCGUGUCUGUGUUCAGCUCCAGUGUGUGCGUGUGCGCGUGUGUGUAAGAUUAGAGACGUCUCCGCCAGUCCGCCGGAAGUCUUUUCAUCGUAAUAUCGAACCUGCUAAAAAGCAGCGACUCGGGAUUCACUUAAUUCCGACAGAGGUCUGGAUUGUAGAUCGAUAAUUAAAUUGCCCAAGUGAUUGUCUAGGUGCGCGACCCCACCACCACCACUAUGCACGAGUGUACGUACACCGGUGCUGGUGUAAGGCGCUAGUGUUGGUGCAAGUGCUUCAGUGUGCGAGACAAGAAAUAGCCGCUUACCUAAGCGAAAAAGUUCUCUCUCGACGGCUUGAGAACCGAACCUGGCCACCGACACAGACACAGUCAAAUACAUACACCAGCAGCCAGACGGCGAAAUACCUGUGCACACGGACGUGGAUAGCACACAAAGCAAAACCAGAAAAUCCACAUUGUUGGGCCCGCUGCCCCCCUCGCCUCCCGCCACUCUUCACGACUAGUUUGGAUUCGUGUCUGAGUUUCACCAGCUACGAAACCUUCUCUACGGCGACCGUUGCUCUGCCACUGGGUCUGCUCAGCCGGACAAUGGGUGACUCCACGCCCAUCUGCCGCUGCCGCGUGCUCUACCUGGGAAGCGCCGUUCCGCGCCAGAGUAAGGACGGGCUGCAGGGCAUCCAGGAGCCGCUGCGCAGCCUGUAUCCCUCGGAGGGGGCCGUGGGCGCCAAGGGCAUUGACAGCUGGCUGAGCGUGUGGUCGAAUGGCAUUUUGCUGGAGAACGUUGAUGAGAACCUCAAGCAAAUAACGCGCUUCUUCCCGAUCGAGUCGCUGCACUACUGCGCAGCCGUCCGCCAGGUGAUGAUCCCGGAGCGGGGAAACUCCCAUCCCGAGCCCAAGUUCCUCCCGCUGGACUCGCCCUUCGCACGGGCCCCGCGAGCCCAGCAUCCGCCCAUAUUCGCCGCCAUCCUCCGUCGCACCACCGGAAUCAAGGUGCUCGAGUGCCACGUCUUCAUCUGCAAGCGGGAGGCGGCUGCAAACGCUCUAGUCAGGUGCUGCUUCCACGCCUACGCCGACAACUCGUACGCCCGGCAGCUGGAGACGGGCAGUGGAGGCAGCAGCGUCUAUGGCACUCUGAAGAGCGCGGCUGGCAGCAAGUCCAACGGCGACCUGACCAACGUCGGGCCGUCCAACGGCGGCGGAAGCCACCAUCUCACCCUCUCCGCACAAGGGGGGUGGAGGUCGCGGGCUGGCAGCACAACGACUCUCAACAGUCUAGGGCGCGCCUCUAACGGCCACGCCCCCAACGGAUCCGCUCUGGGCAUGAACGGCGGCAGUUCCGGCAGCGCAGCAGAGGGAUACACAUCCGUCAAGAACUUUUACGGAAGCAGUGCUGACCUCAACGUAACUGUCGACGACGGAGAUGCGUCGUACAAUGGAGAUGAAAACCACAAAGUGUGGAACGGAUCGCAGGAUCAGUUGGACAGCAUCGGAGCCGCCGAGAGUCCUUACGAACUGUUCUCCGGAAACACGUCCACUCUCGGGCGACCUUUAAGGGCGCGCCAAAUUAGCACACCCAUCGACGUGCCUCCACCCCCCAUCAAGGAGGAGCGCAAGCCGAAACGGGAUAAGAAGUCGGCCAAGUCUAGCAGCAGCCAGAGCCUAUCCGGCACUCUCAUCCGGCCGAAGCCAAUGCACCCAGCAGCUCUCCAUCGCUCAGGAAUGCAGGGACCAGCGGGACCUGGCAGUAUGAUCUACGGACCUAUCCCUGCUCACGGUCCGCACGCAGCCCGCUACCACACGAUCAGCCAUCGCGGCUUUCCGCCGGGACCGACGGGACCCCCACCUAACCACCUGGCCCAUCAUCCGCCUCCAAACCCGCAUGCCCAUGCCCACCAUCAGCCGCAGUAUCAGCAACAGCUUCACAUGAUGCACCAUGCGGCACACCCACAGCUGUGUGGCAUGCCGCCCUUGCAGAUACCUGUGCUGAUGCCGCAGCAGUACGCUACCUUGCAGCCUUCGCGCUCUUCAAGCAAAAAGAAAAAGGACAAAAAAAAUGGCGGAUCCGGCGGCGGAAUGCCCGUUGGCAUGCCCAUUGUGCCACCCAUCUAUGCAUACCAUCAACAGCAGGCCAUGGUAUCGCCGCAGCAACUGGCCCAGUCUCUGAUCGGAGAGACACGUCCGUUAGGAAAUUCCAGCCGCAAACUGGCAGCGUCGAUGGGUAAUGGCCUAGACGACUCCGGCAACUCAGGCGCCGAGUCGCCUUCACCAGGCGGCACGGGGAUCUACAAGCGAAAGGGACAUCUUAACGAGCGAGCCUUUAGCUACUCCAUUCGUCAGGAGCAUCGCAGCCGUAGUCACGGAUCCUUGGCUAGCUUGCAGUUCAACCCGCCGGACAUGAAAAAGGAACGUGAGAUUGCUCAGUUGGUUGCUGGUCUUGACCUUAACGACGGCGAACGGCCCAUGGGCCUGAACACUUUACAACGAAAACAAGCCGCCAUGUCUAAUGGAGGGACACCGAUUUCGGGCGGCGGGCCCGGACCGGGGCAGCAUAAUCACGCUCAUCCCACGCACCCACAUGCCAUCUAUGGUCCACUGGGGCCUGCCAGCAGCUUCGGAAAGCCGCGAAGAUAAGAGUGGUCUAUAGUGCAGAUGGGUAGAUCUACGUACUUUACAAAUAUAUAGAUUUACACAAUGUUUAGCGAUGCUGGUCAAAUUAGAAAGGGGUGCGUUCAAAACAGUGAUGGGAGCCUUCCUGAAAGCACCUUGAAUAAACGAGUUGGCAGCCAGAUUGAGAAGACCACUGCAGAACGAAGUAGCGGAGAACUGGGGGAGGAUACCCACAUUGAAACCAAUUUUACAUAAAUGAAUAUGUGUGCCUUAUUAGGUUUAUACUACAAGUAUAUGCGCUCGCUAAAAACCAUGUAUCUACAGAUACCAUAUUUUAAUCAAUAUAAUACAUACUGUAGAAUAUUAUUAUAAGACUACAAUGUCAAUUUAGGAGGUGAUCCCAAAUGUUAUAGAUACCUUCGCAUGGGAGAUGGUUCUCCCGAAGAGCGGAUGUAUGUACAUUCCGUUCAGAUCAAACUUGUGUCUUAACCGGUAAGCCGGAUAGCUACCCCUAUUUCAUACAAAUACUGUAUGCAAUGAAAUAUGCACAAUAAAUACUUACAAUAAAUAACGAGGAGUACCUUAUCGAA